AUGAUGGCCAGACCAUACUGUGUGGUAGUAGCCCUACUGCUCCUGGCAGAGGUCACCAGGUUUGGAGAAGGAACACCUAAUCCUGAGAUCGUGGGCAAGAUCACCAGAAAAGGCCUGAAAUAUGCCCGCCAGUAUGGAAUAGCCACCCUGAAGAAGGAGCUGUCUGCCAUCAAGUUGCCUGAUUUCUCGGGAAGCUUCAGAAUCUGUUUGAUUGGAAACGUGAACUAUGUGUUUAGCGGACUGAGGAUCCGUCGCUUCGUGCUCCUGAACUCUAAUCUGAGACUACACACAGAGCAGGGUAUCAGAGCCUCCCUGUUCAAUAACUACGUGUCUGUCAGUGGGAACUGGAAGGUGCAAAAGUCUUUUGUCAACUUAUAUGGUACUUUUGAUCUGAGUGUGGAUGACAUUUCCAUCUCAGUUUCUCUGAACUUCGGCAAGGACCAGUCUGGACAGCCCACUGCCUCCCUGACCCACUGUAGCAACUCCAUUGGCCAAGUCAGCAUUGAAAUUUCCGGAUACCUAAGAUCCUGGCACGACACAGAGGGCAACUCAAAAGGUUUAACUGACAAGGAGUCUAAUGAAGAAAUCACCCUGAUGGUUAACCAGAUUGCUGGCAUUGACUACAGUUUAGUAGGAGCUCCCAAGGCCUGCACAUGCCCUUCAAGAAAGGGUGAAUUCUUUGGCCAAAACGGAAGCUUUUCAGUCCCCUUCGAUGCUCCGCUCAUCAGGCUGCCCGAGAAACAUGACUAUAUGAUCUACUUUGCUGUCUCCGAAUAUGUCUUCAACAUGGCCAGCAGGGUGUACCACCAGGCUGGGCUCAUGAACUUCACCAUCCAAAAUAAGCAUAACCUAAUGCAGUUUAUCAACCAUCAGUUGGCUGAAAAAUGGUGGAAGCCGUAUGUGAGCCCAGGCUGCCUGAACUCGAAGUCCACACCUCUGACUACUCUGUUGUCCUGCUUCUCAAGUAACUUCCUGCUUCGUCUGCUGCAAAUUCCCUUGGACUCUCCAGUCCUCCUGAACACCAACUCCUUCUGGGCCAUUGUUCCUAAGAGUUUUGAGACGUCACCUGAAUCAGCGCCAUUCCUGAUGUUCACCCCCGGGAAUGUGACCUUCAUGCCAGUGAUGGACAUCCAGGCCUUCGCUCUCAUGCCCAACUCCUCUGACUGCAAGGCACUCUUCCAUCUCAGGGCGCCUGCUUAG